AUGGCCGACCAACCCUCCAAGAAGCGAGGUUUCUUCUCUCGCAAGGAGAAAGGCGAUGCGAUCUCCGAAAGCCAGCUCCAGGUCGUACCCUCAACAGAGUCGUCCUCCAAGGAACAGCCUGAGGAACCCCCCGAGUCCGCCAAUGCACCGCAGUCACAGGUUAUCCAGCCAGUCUCUUUUGUUUCGCUUUUCCGAUUCUCUACCAGGACCGAGUUGACGUUCAACGUUAUCGGCGUGAUUGCCGCGGCGGCUGCAGGUGCUGCACAGCCGCUCAUGUCCCUCCUGUUCGGGAACCUGGUGCAAGCGUUUGUCACCUUCGGCUCGACGGUGCAGGAGUCCAAGGCGGGAACCCUGACGGACCCGGGCGCCCUGACGGCGGCGGAGAACCACUUCAGGACGACGGCGGCAAAGGAUGCGUCGUACCUGGUGUACAUCGGACUCGGGAUGUUCGUGUGCACGUACGUGUACAUGUUGGUAUGGGUGUACACGGGAGAGGUGAACGCGAAGCGGAUUCGGGAGCGGUACCUGAAGGCGAUCCUGCGGCAGGACAUCGCGUUCUUCGACCACGUCGGGGCGGGAGAGGUGGCGACGCGCAUCCAGACGGACACGCACCUGGUGCAGCAAGGCAUCUCGGAGAAGGUCGCGAUCUGCGUGAGCUUCUUUGCGUCGUUCGUGACGGGAUUCGUGCUUGCGUACGUGCGCUCGUGGCGGCUCGCGCUCGCGCUGUCGUCGAUGCUUCCGUGCAUCGCUGUGACGGGCGGGGUGAUGAACAAGUUUGUGUCGAGGUACAUGAAGCUGUCACUCGCGUACGUCGCGGACGGUGGCACUCUUGCGGAAGAGGUGUUUUCGACGGUGCGCACGGCUCAGGCGUUCGGCACGCAGGAGGUGCUCUCGGAUCGGUACAACUCCCACAUCCUGCUCUCACGGCGUGUGGACAUGAAGGCAGCGGUCUUCCACGGCUGCGGUCUUGCAGUGUUCUUCUUUGUGGUUUACGGCGGUUACGCCCUCGCAUUCGAUUUCGGCACGACACUGAUCGACAGGGGUGAGGGCACGGCAGGACAAGUUGUCAAUGUGAUCCUGGCCAUUCUCAUCGGUUCGUUCUCUCUGGCGCUGCUUGCGCCGGAGAUGCAAGCGAUUACGCACGGGAUGGGUGCGGCGGCGAAGUUGUACGAGACGAUCGACCGUGUGCCGCCGAUCGACUCGCAGGACGAAAGCGGACUGAAGCCAGAGAAGUGCGCGGGGGAGAUCACGUUCGAGAACGUCAAGUUCAACUACCCUUCGCGGCCGGAGGUGCGGAUCGUCAAGGACCUCACGAUCCAGUUCCCGGCGGGGAAGACGACGGCGCUGGUGGGCGCGUCGGGCUCGGGCAAGUCGACGGUGAUCUCGCUCGUGGAGCGGUUCUACGACCCGCUGUCGGGGAGUGUGCGCCUGGACGGUCAUAGCCUGCGAGAUCUGAACGUCAAGUGGCUGCGUUCGCAGAUCGGCCUCGUCUCGCAGGAGCCCACGCUGUUCGCGACGACUAUCCGUGGGAACGUUGCGCAUGGGCUGAUCGGCACAGAGCAUGAAGAUGCGUCGGACGAGGUGAAGAUGGCGCUCGUGAAGGAGGCGUGUGUCACGGCGAACGCGGACGGGUUUAUCUCCAAGCUGCCGUUGGGUUAUGAGACUAUGGUUGGUGAGCGCGGUUUCCUGUUGUCCGGCGGCCAGAAGCAGCGUAUCGCCAUCGCGCGCGCCGUUGUGUCCGACCCGAAGAUCCUCCUGCUCGACGAGGCGACCAGUGCACUUGACACCCAGAGCGAAGGCAUCGUGCAGAACGCGCUCGACAAAGCCGCUGCGGGCCGCACGACCAUCACCAUUGCCCACCGCUUGUCGACGAUCAAGGAUGCGGACCGUAUAUAUGUCAUGGGUGACGGCCUUGUGCUCGAGUCGGGCACCCACAACGAACUACUGCAGGACGAAAAUGGACCGUAUGCGCGUCUCGUGCAGGCCCAGAAGCUUCGCGACAACAAGGAGAAGCGCGGCGGCAACGGCGGCGAUGAUGGUUCGAGCGACACCGUCGCAAGCGUUGAGGAAGAGGAAGAAGAAGACUACGAGAAGGCUGCUCAGGAAGAAGUCCCCCUUGCCCGCGAGAAGUCGGGUCGUUCCCUCGCCAGCGAACUCAUGGAGCAGAGGAUGAAGGAACACAGUGACCGCACAGACAAGCAAUACAGCAUGUAUUACCUUAUGAAGCGCUUGGGUGCGAUUAACAAGGCGAGUUGGCCCAAGUACAUGUUUGGAUUUGUGGCCGCUGUCGCUAACGGGGCGACCUACCCGUCGUUCGGUAUUGUUUACGCCAAGGGUAUCAAUGCGUUCUCUGACACCACAAAUGCCCAACGUCGCCAUGACGGUGAUCGCGUCUCGUUAUGGUUUUUCCUCAUUGCCAUUCUCUCCUCCAUCGCCAUUGGAUUUCAGAAUCUGCUCUUCGCUUCCACUUCGGCGGAGUUGACAGCCAAGAUCCGAACUCUCACAUUCCGGGCCAUUCUCAGACAAGACAUUGAGUUCUUCGACAAGGAUGAGAACAAUAGUGGUCAACUCACAUCCACCCUGAGUGACAACCCUCAGAAGGUCAAUGGCUUGGCCGGUGUGACUUUGGGAGCCAUCGUGCAGUCAAUGGCUACUCUUGCGACUGGAACUAUUAUUGGUCUUGCUAUCGCCUGGAAACUGGGUCUCGUCGGCUUGGCGUGCACACCGAUUCUGUUCUCUGCUGGCUUCAUUCGUCUUCGCGUGGUUGUUCUCAAGGAUGAGCAAAAUAAACGCGCUCAUGAGCACUCCGCCCAGAUUGCUUGCGAGGCAGCAGGUGCAAUCCGGACCGUCGCUUCUCUGACACGUGAGGCCGACUGCUUGCGGCUCUACAGCGAAAGUUUGGAGGGCCCGCUCCGCAACUCGAAUCGGAAGGCCAUCUACUCCAACGCCAUCUACGCGCUUUCGCAAGCCAUGUCUUUCUUCGUCAUUGCGCUGAUCUUCUGGUAUGGUUCGCGUCUCGUGGCCUCGUUGGAAUACUCGACGUUCCAGUUUUUCGUCGGUCUCAUGGCCUCGACAUUCAGCGCGAUCCAGGCCGGGAACGUGUUCUCGUUCGUCCCUGAUGUUUCCUCCGCGAAGAGUUCUGCCUCCGAUAUCGUUACGCUCUUGGACAUGCGCCCUGAGAUCGAUGCGCAGUCGAAGGAGGGCGAAAUUCCUUUGACUGUCGAGGGUCAUAUCCGGUUCGAGGAUGUUCAUUUCCGCUAUCCUUCACGUCCCGGCGUGCGCGUGCUCCGCGGCCUGAACAUUACGGUCGAACCCGGCACAUACGUCGCGCUCGUCGGUGCCAGUGGAUGCGGCAAAAGUACCACAAUUCAACUCAUCGAGCGGUUCUACGAUCCUCUGUCAGGCGAAGUCUAUCUCGACGACCAGCCCAUCCACAAGUACAAUGUGUCGGAGUACCGGAAACACAUUUCUCUGGUAUCACAGGAACCGACGUUGUAUGCGGGAACCAUCCGAUUCAAUAUUUUGCUGGGCGCCACCAAGCCCGAAUCUGAAGUCACACAGGAGGAGAUCGAAGACGCUUGCCGCAAUGCGAAUAUCUUGGACUUCAUCGAGUCAUUGCCUCAGGGCUUCGAUACCGAGGUUGGUGGUAAGGGUUCGCAGCUAUCUGGUGGACAGAAACAACGCAUCGCGAUCGCGCGCGCUCUGCUCCGAAACCCCAAGGUGCUGCUUCUGGAUGAAGCCACGUCUGCCCUCGAUUCCAAAUCGGAGAAGGUUGUACAGGAAGCUUUGGAUCAGGCAGCAAGAGGUCGCACGACCAUAGCCAUCGCACAUCGUCUGUCAACGAUUCAGAACGCUGACCGCAUAUACUUCAUCAAGGAUGGAGUAGUCAGCGAAUCAGGUACCCACGACCAGCUGCUCACACUCAAGGGCGGCUACUACGAAUACGUGCAAUUGCAGGCUCUGAGUAAGACUUAA